GACUGGUACUGUAUAUUGAAGAUAUCUCGUCCCCAUCCCCUUGCAUGGAAGGCAAGCCACCGAGGCCAGGCAGUGAUGGUGAGCAUCAUGACAUGAGCAUCCUUUCCCCGAAUAUCAGUGCGCACUAAUUUUGCUCAGCUGCAGAUAAAAUUGCUUCUCGAGACACACCACCACCCAGCCGGAUGCGCCCAAAAGAGCUACAAAGGAUGUGUACUGGUAACAGCAGCAGGGGAACAGCGGAGAAGGAUGGUACAGUAGCUGGCGUGAACAAGACAGUGGCACCCGAGCCGAGCUAAGCGUAUUUCGACUGCAGUGUCUGAGCGCCGGGAAAUUACACCCCCUAAUUUGUAUUUUCGACUGGAACAACGACGUUCACUUCUAACGCUAUUUGGAUACAUUGUUGCACCCUUCAUCCUUGGUUUAGAUCAGUCUGUCCGGUGCAUCAUGCAGACAGGAGCUCACCUGCUUCUCUGUUUCAUCCUGCACUAUGUGGAAGGAUAGUGAACUACAGAACACAUCCUUGGCCAGCUCAGGGCCAACAUUCACGCCCAAACCACAGAAUGACAGUGUUCACUCCUCCCAACCGAGCCAAAUAAGGACUUCCCAUCCUACUAAAGCCCCAUCUCAUCUGUCCAGUACUGUACCCCUGACCACAUCCACACAGACAGAGCAAACAUUGCCCAGGGACACAGUGGAACUGGUAGCCCCCGUCGGCCCAGAGCCCCAAACCGCGGCGAGAAGGAACCAGACCCCCAAAGCCGUCACCCUCCCAGUAACCCAGGUCGUGUCACUUUCAACCAUCAUCAACGGCAGCCAGAGUACUGGUGAUGGAGUGAUCAUCAGCCAUCACUGGGAGCAGGUUGGAGAUCCAUCCAUAGAGCUUGGAGCUUUCUCGGACACACAGAUUCUCAACCUAUCCAACCUUGCCCCUGGGGAGUACACGUUCAGGUUGACCAUUACAGAUUCUGACGGGUUGUCAGACUCCACCAUGGCUACAGUGAAAGUCAUUCAGUCAGUGGAGAAUGACCAAAUGCCCUACCCCAGCCAUGUCACUCUCACCUCCAGCCCCGGUCUUGCUGCUACCCUGGCCCACAGGCAGGAUGACCCUACUGCAGCUACCCCCUCUGCCAGAGCCUCUGUCACUCAGAAGACAGAGAACAAAAUCACCCCCAUAGCUGAGGUCAAGGUGUCAAACAGAGCCCCUGUGGCUAUAGUGGGUCCUAACAGGCAGCUGACCCUCCCAGUGACCAGCGUCACCUUGGACGGAAGCAGCAGCACUGAUGACCACGCCGUCACCAGCUACCACUGGGACACCAUCAGAGGUCCUCCAGGGUCAAGGACACAGGGUGUGGACAAGCCCAUAGCUAUAGUAACGAGCCUCAGAGCGGGCCGCUAUACAUUUAGUCUGACUGUGAGUGACCAGGAAGGGCUGAAAGACAGUGCCUUGCUCACAGUCAGGGUUCAAGAGGCCAGAAGCCUUCCACCUGUAGCACAUGCCAGCGGCAGCCACACCCUCACCCUGCCCAACAACUCCCUGGUGCUCAGAGGCUCAAUGACGGAUGGUGACCCAGCCACGGUGCACUUCCUCUGGGUCCGGGACAGUCAGAGCCCUGCUGCUGGCGACGUGCUGUAUGGUUCAGAGCAGCAGGCCUCCCUGUACCUGGCCAACUUGGUGGAGGGGACCUAUCUAUUCCAGCUGCGUGUCACAGACACCCAGGGACGCAGCAGCACCGCCACAGCCACCAUGGAAGUGCGGCCAGACCCUGGUGGUCGUGAGGAGGUGGAGGUGGAGAUGUUGGUAGCGCUGGCCCAGGUGAGUGUGUCAAAGAAGGACACCGUGCUCAGACAGUUGGCCGCACUGCUCCACGUCCUGGACAAUGGCAUCCACCUAAGGGGCCUAUGGGGACACUCAGAUAUCAGGUAUUGCCCAAUGCAGAAAAUGCAUACAAAGCACCCAUUCCCUGGUCCUAAACUGGCCAUUCUGCUGCGAAGUCAGCUGCUGAGGGAGAAGACUGAAUACCUGCUCUUCAGAGUCCUUCGAGUGGAUACAGUCAUGUGCUUGCUCCGCUGCUCGGCGUGUGACCCAAUCACCAAGGAGUGUGUCUGUGACCCCUUUUGGACAGAGAACCUCAUUCGCCGGUUCUUUGGCGAUGGAGAGAGCAACUGUGAGUGGCAGGUUCUCUACUUCAUCCUGUCCUUCAUGGUCAUUGUCUUCAUCGUGACAGUCACCUGGACGUGUGUCUACUGCUGCAAAAGGAGAAGGCGCACUAAGGUCAGGAAGAAAACCAAGUACACUAUACUGGACAACAUGGACGAACAGGAGAAAAUGGAGCUGAGGCCCAAAUACAACAUCAAACACAGGAGCACGGAGCACAACUCCAGCCUCAUGAUGUCCGAGUCAGAGCUGGACAGUGACCAGGACACUGUCUUCAGUCGAGACCGACCGGUCCGGAGCAGAAACCGGACCAAUGCUCAGGCUGCCCGCAACGGGAACACCUACGGAUGAGCAGGAACGCACAGAACUGGGGUGGUUAUUGUACAACAUGAGUGAAACCCACUCUUGGGAUUAUGGCCGGGGUGCACAGCUCGAGUGCCAUUGUGUCUGCUUGUUUUUGGUCUCGUUUUCUAUUCAAAUACUGGUUUCGACCAGAUGUGUACUUUCUAUGACAUUCAUUGGACAACUCAGCACCAGGGAGAUGUGAAAAUCCAAGGGCUGUAGGAUAGUAGAGUUGGGCAUCCCUGGAUUCUGGGAAAUAACAGUGGCAUUAAGUUUACAUGCAUACAGACUGUAAUUUGACACUAAGGAUGAAGGUGCUCUUUGUGAGGAGGUUCUGUGGCCCCACAUACUUCUACAGAUAACCAGAUUGGUGAAUGCACAUACAACUAUCCAUUAUGCAUACUAGUCUACCGACUACUACUGACCUUUAACUUUGCCUUGUUAUCCAAUGUUUUUUUACUGUCAUUAUUUUGUAGGAAAUGGAGACAAGCCCAACCCUGGUUGUGAGCAUCUGACGCCUCUCCUGUAAAUGUUUUGACAAAUUGGAUUUGUCAAAAUGGCUAGAUGGAAAAGUCUAAAUUCUUAUGUUUAGUACCCAAAGUCCAUCUUGUGAUGCUACUCGUGAAUCAUUUAAUCAGAAUCAAACUCAAUUUAUCUGUGAUCUGAGUGUCUUGGACUUUGACACAAUACAUCACAGCAUUAUAUUGUAUUUGAACUACUGUUUUGAGUUAGCACACUUGUCCUCCAAACUAGUUUUGGUAUCUAUCUCAUUUUAAAGCUUCUUUAUGCUAAAUAAGCAUAAUGGGUCUCAUAAAUGGGCCCGAAGAAACAGAACCAGGCAUUUCAUGGGACAAGCCAUAAAGGUGCCAAAAUGCUCUAUAAGCCUGUGGCUAACAGAGAGCCUAUUAUAUCCAAGUACUUGGUAAUGCAUCCAUUCUUCCUUCCCUUGGCAAGAUCUAUUAUCUAACUUGAACAUGGUGGGUAACAUGCAUUCAAUCAUUAAUUCCUUUGUGUAAUGAUGGAUUUUUCCUCCCUCUCAUUCACUGUCAGAGAAUGUCUGAUUACAUGAGUAUAGUGCUAAAUAAUUAGGACACACAGUUUAAGGAUUAAGAAGAGGACAGAUGGAAUUGAUAAUUAACAUUACUAUGCAGGACAGGUAGCCAUUGAUGGAAUGGAUCAAAUACUUGACAUUAAAGCAACAUAAGCAUGUCCAAUGGUUGCUUUAUAUUUUUCUUCCCGUAAGGGACUGGGGAGAUAUUUCCCCAAUAUGGACAGAAACACUAACAGCCAUGUUAUAUUCAUGGCUUUUUCCCAUUACACCACCCAAUUUUUGGUAUUUGCUCUGUUUACUUAACUAAUUACAGCUACCAAUGUUUUUACAGAAAAUUAAAUGCAUCAAAUCAAUGAACAGUGUUCUGAAUUCUGUGUAAUUUUCUUUCCUGUCCAAAAUUAGUAAGAUGUAAGGCAGUUUCUACCAACCCUGGUCCUCCAGAACCCUCGACAGCACAAAUUGCUAUUCCAACGCUGGACAAGCAUACCUGAUUCAACUAAUCAUCAAGCCCUCAAUGUGUUGAAUGAGGGUUGUCCAGGGCUACAACAAGUGUGUACUGUUGGGGUUACUGGAGGACCAGGGUUGGGAAACACUGAUCUAACGUAAACCAAUUGAUAUUGUUUGACAAACAAAGUAACACAGUCAUUUAUUUAACAUUUUAUGAAGUACUCCAUUAAUAUUUACAAUAGUUAGAAAUAUUUUUUUACAAUGAGUGUCACAACCAGAAAACAGAAUUGGUAAAAUUAUUCAAACGGCACUUGUUUGGCAAGAGACAUUACUUCAGUUUCAGAGAACACUACAACAUUUACAUUGCAGGUUCAGAUACAGAACAUAGGUGGUACAAACUGUCUGAAUAUCAAAGGCAGCUCUACUGGAUAAUAUAUUGUAUGUGGGAAGACUAGUUACCAACGACAAUAUAACCUGUACUAAUAUAGUGGCAUGGUCUACAAUAGUUUUUAGUAGUUAGGAUAGUUAACUAUUUACAGAGGAUGUUACACAGUACAUUUCAUUCUAACUGCUUAGCCCAACAAGGCUAUUCCUCAACGGUUACCAAAAUAGGGUCAUUCAUAAUUUCACCACACUAUUAUCAAGUGACAUAUCUAAUACAGCUGGGAUCUGGAUACAGCCAAGCCCCCUUUUCUAGAAAAUAGCCAAAUUAUAAAUAAUCUUCCUAUUAAAAACAGAUUUAAGUCCCUUGUGCGUAUCAAUAAUCUCAGUAUUUGCAAUUGAUGUGCUUAUUAAAUCUACCCAACUCUAUGCUAGGCUUCAAGUUCAAGUUAUAUAGUGCUUCUCAUUAAGGGUCCAAUCCUACAUUGAGAACACACGUUUGUUUAUUUGUAUCUCAACAUAUGAUUCAGCCCUAAAGGUCCAAAUCGUUAUGGGAUCCCACAGGUUGGAGACUAUUGGGUUAUGUCCAAAUACUAUUGUGGCUUCCGAUCCUCUUUAAGGGGCUACCCUUAAAAAGUUCCAAUGCAGACGUUUUUAUCUCAACAUCAAAUCAUAUCUGGGUAACAAGUACCUUACUGUGAUUUUGAACAUUUUAAUUGAAAACAAAAGGAACAAAAAUAGCUUCUUAGCAAAGAGCAAUUUCUCAAACAAGAAUUUUGCUAAGAUUGGCUAGGAGUGGCCUGAGUGAGGAGGGGGAAAAUGAGUGGUUAUUGGCAGAGAGGUUUAGAACUCUUUCUUAUUGGUCUAUUAACCAAUUUACCAUCUGGUGAUAUCACCAGGCAGGCAAUAACUUCAGGCGGUCUUUCCAAACAGCUCUUAAACUAAAAAAGGGCAUGAUCACCUUUUUCACAAAACUGAUUCAACCUUAAUGUGGAAAUGUAUAAAAAACAGGAAAUUCAUGUUUUAGACUGCACUAGGUCUUUAACUAACAUGGAUAACUGGUUUGGGUUGUCACCAUAUUGCUUUCCCUUCACCAGUUCUUAUAGGCCAGUGGUCAGAGAGGAUAAGGAGAGGAAACCAUGUAGAGCAUGGAACAUGGAUUUCUCGGCAGUGAUGAAGGCUCUCAAUGAGGAUGAGGAUCAGAAUCACAAUAAUUUGUGAAGGAAUCAUAUUUGAUGAUUGACAUCAAUUGUUGUUGUUUUUUAUGUUAAAUAUGAGUAAGUAACUGUUACUAGA